UAACGGUUUCAAUUAAUUGCGCAUAAAAAUAUUAUUAAUUCACUUAUUUCUCUCCUUGAUGUUAAUUGCACGUAAAACUGUUGAAAUAAUAUCCACAAUUAUAAAAUGGACACCAUGGAAAUGGACCAUGGUAUAAACGUAGAAUCACUUGCAUCCUGGUUUGAUGUUCUCAAGUUGGAAUCUUUUCUUGGAUCUGGGUCAUUCGGUUACGUUUUUAAAGCGGUCCGUGGACAAGCUAACGUUACCGCCGUGAAGGUCAUAUUCAUCGAAGGCCUGGGUGACACGCCAGACGACGAAACUGAAAAAUAUCGACUGCUCCGAGAAUACAAACUAAUGAAGGGCAAGAAACACGACAAUUUAGUCCAAAUCUUGAAAGAAACUCACAAAGCCUUCACUGUAGAGGAUAUCAACGUCUUGCUGAAAAUACCGUGCCUUCAAAACAAUUACAAAAUUUUGGACCAAUUUCAAAUCUUCUAUCUUCGAGCUCAACGAGGAACCCACAUUCCGUCCUUAUGCAUCCAAAUGGAGCUCUGUGGUAAGACGUUGCGUCAGUGGUUGAACAUAAAUAAUGAGACGGACAACCCAGAACUGCACCCGGUUCGAAAUCGAAUUGUAAAGGACAUGUGUGAAGGGCUAAAAUAUCUCCACGGUCAUAACAUUAUACAUCGAGAUUUUCGUCCUGAAAACAUACUGUUUUCAUUAAGUCAAGAUGAAGAGUUCGUAUUUCCCGUUAAAGUGGGAGAUUUUGGUCUAUGUCGACAGAUCCAUAGUGAGGAAACUGCCACUAAAACACUAACUCCCGAAAUAGGAAAUAUCAUAUAUCGUGCACCUGAAGCUAAUUCUGCGAAUUACGGUAUCCCCGCAGAUUUGUACUCUUUUGGUUUAGUGUCUUGGGAAGUUGUACAGCAAAUCAAACGGAAAGAUACAAGAUCAAUGUUCUACAGGCUGGUGCAUGAUACAGAAACUAGUAUUGUUAAGCGUUCAGCUUGGUGGUUUCGAGACUGGGAAAAUACCAUUAUUUCCCUAACGAAAAGACACCCACAAGAUAGAAUUAAAGAAAUCGACAAAAUCAUGUUAAUUGACAGAUGUGAUGUGGAAGUAAGUGCUGAAUCAGUGGAAAACCUUCUCACGCUCUCGCAGGCCAAGUCGGAGCGGAAAUAUGUCGGUUCUAAAAUGGGUCCUGGUGGAAAGCUGGUCUCCAUCCUGAAGGUGACCAAGGACAAGAUCUCCAUUAACACAAACGCAACAAAAUCCAUCUUUGAGAAGAUUGGGGAAAAUUAUUUCGCAGUUUACUCGAUCAAUGGGCCCACACGUACAGGAAAAAGUUUCAUGCUUUCCAAUUUUAUUCGCUAUCUCAACCACGACGGCAGUCAGGGGAAUAACUGGAUUUUGAAUGCCAAAAAUAUGGCUAAUUUUGAAUGGAGGGGCGGAACUGACCGUAUAACGGUUGGAAUUGACCUUUGGUCGGAGCCGUUUUGGACGACGCAUAACGGGCGCCGAGUCGCCAUUGUCCUCAUGGACACGCAAGGCUCAUUCGACGACCACACCACGAUGCAGGAGAACGCCAUCAUUUUCGCCAUCGCGACCCUCCUCUCGUCCGUCCUCAUCUUCAACGUCAUCCGCGACGUAGGCGAAGACGUGCUAAAGUUUGUUCAAUUCUUUUCGAGCUUUGCUACCUUGACGGUCCCGGAAUUUGAGGGAAACGCGGCGAGUGGAGAGCUGGGAGACGGCGCCUACCAGAAACUUCUCUUCCUCGUCAGAGAUUUUCAAUUUCUCGAAUACUACCAGUUCGGAUUUUACGACGACAACCACGUACCUAACGAACAGCAGGGGAACUAUAAGAAGGACAAGUUGGACUCCAACCCUGAUCAGCCGACGGAAAUGAGAUUGACGCAUGACCAACUGCUCAAAAGCUACAAGGAUGUCGGCGUUUAUUUGAUGCCCGAACCUGACAAGGGAUUCAAACAACACGACAAACUGGACAAUCUCGAUCCUGAAUUUGCAUCUCAUGUCGGCGCCUUCGUCCCCCUCAUGCUGUCCCCAGGUCAUCUCGUCACCAAAAAAAUUGGUGGCGUUGAGGUCACUGGGUCCGAAAUGAUCAAAUACGUCCACUCCUGGGCACCUUUGUUUGAAGGGAAUGACCUCCCAGAAAUCAAGAGAGUCUACCAGUCCGUCGCCGAGAGCCAAUUCAUCAUCGCGAAACAGUCGGCCUCAACGUUCUAUACAGAUGAAAUGCAAAAAUUUCUCAAGGAAAAUCCCGCCGGUGUGCGCCCUUCCGCACUGACCUCGCGACACUCGGACCUGAUAAGAGAAUCUUUCGUCAUUUAUCAAAGCAAAUCAAAAUUGGGCGGAGCGAAAAUGGAUCCCAAAUUUAGCGAAGAAUUCACUCCAGAGUCAGAACGCCUUUUGGAAACGUAUCUGUCCAUUAACCGCGCCAACUUGAAGGCAGCCAAGGCGAAGAGGAAGUUAGAGAAGACGCAGGAAGAGGUGAAGGAACAACAAGGUCACAGGAAGAAGCUGGAGGCUGAGGUUGAAGCUGUGACAAAGACCAAUCUAGCUUUGGUGAAUAAUAUGAAGGAACAACGGAGGGAAUAUGAUCAUAAAAUUUGGAAGUUGCAAAAACAGGAGCAUCUUACUUUUAUGCAGAUGCAACGCGAUAGGAAUUACAGCGAUAGGUUCUAGAUAGAUUUACUUAAACGUAUUUUGGAUAAGGCCAAUAUCGUGUAGUGUUUAUUGUGUAAACACCCUUCCACAUAAACGAACUUUGUACAUAAUCGGUUAUAGAAUAAUUUUAGCAUUGAUCAUACUAUUAUAAUAAAAAAUAUUAAAAAGUCAAAAAAAAAUUAUCCAUGGACUUUUGUUUUUGGGCUCUCAUUUUGUAGUGCUAAGAAAAUUCUGACCUUUGACUUGUCGGCGACCUUAAAAAUCGGCGACGAGCGAUUAUUCUCUAAUUAGUUUAUACAAUUGCGAGCGGAGUUUCGAAGCGCUAAGUGUACGGGAUCAUUCCCAAAUUACAAAUAUGUAAAUAACCAUUACUUUAGCAUACCGGCUGCAGA